AUGUCUCAUCACCUCAUUCGGCAUUCGGUGCUCACAAACAUUCCCAUCCGCAUUCGCUUGUUACUUCCUCAUCCGAGUCCUCAUUACAAGUUUAGCAAGCUCUUACCAAGCAAGUAA